UUUCAGGUGUAGAUCAGCUGUAUGUGCCGUCUGUGCUCGCACGUGCUCCUCCAUGUUACAACAAUCCUCGUUCCCGCCAACACCGGCAUUAACACGCAGUCCCUCUCUGUCGGGAUCGCCAUCACCGUCAUCUUCUGGAUCUCCCAAACGAGCCGCGUUAAGCCUGAGCAUCUCUACCAUGAACUGCGAUAUCCACCUUUCUCUAUCUUCUAGCCAGCGCAAGAAACUUUCAAAAGUUGAUUUAGACUAUCCUUCGAAAUCUGGAGGCACGCUUUUCGGGCUAGGCGAGGCGACAGAGCUCUCCUUGUUUCUGGAUAAGAAAUCAUUCCGAUACCGUCUAAAGGUCUACCGUGGGCUUCGCAUGAUAUCCAUCCGCCAGCUUAAGGCUGGUGGCGCACUUCUCCUCCAUGCACUAUCGACAUUCACUACCACUGGUGCCGGGAUCACUGCAGGAUCCACAUCUGCCCUCUCGAUCGCCUCCUCACGUCAAGACUCGAGUACCGCUUGGUCCAAGGAAGAAACGGGUCACUUUUCAGGUGUUUCUGCUGCUGCACGCGUGAGAUUGGAGAGUAUGGGAGGGAGGAGUAGUAGUGCUGACCUUCCCUCUACCAUGGGGCCACUUGCGAUUCGAAGACCGGGUAUCAACCCGGACCAUCCAUUCAAGACAUCCACGCUGUCGUCUGGCUCUCCGUCCCUCCACUCACCUUCGCCUUUUCUACGUCAACCGUCGCCACUCGCCACAGGCCAUCCAUCACUGCCUUCUCGCCCUGUCCCAACGUCGCCGAACUCCUCUCGUGUUCCCCACUCCUCGAUUGGAUUUGGCAGGCAAUCACCCAGUAGCAUCGGAGGCCGGUCAGAUGGCGAAAACACAUCUCUGAAGAUUCCAACCAGGAAACAUUAUUCCAGCAGUUUUGGGCAUCGCUACGCUGCAGCAGGAGGUGUGGGUAGUGUCGGAAGUGCAGGAAGCGGGGAACGAGCAGAGACGGAACGUAGUGCUGAUAAUGUUCCUGUGCAGAGCACCUCCUUCCUUGGUGUACCCACUGAUGAUGAUGAUGAGAUAUCCAUCUUUGUCAAGGAUAUUGAUGCGCGGAAGCCACUUAACGCUCAAUGCCAACCUUUGCUCACGUCUUCGCAGGGCCCACCCACUAUGCCCUCGCAUACUCAAUCUGACUCCACGGGUUCUGCGGGUCCGAUGUUGACGCAACAAUCAGAAGUCGACGAAUGUUUGAGCCACAUGAACGAGAUGUUCCUUGCGAGCUUGGAGGGACUUGGUGGCAAUGGCGGCCGGAGACGAGGGCUGUAUGGGUGGAGAUUCAGCGGGCGGUAGCCUUAUUUCGAGUUCGAGUGGACAAGGAGAGGGAGAAACCAGAGGUAUGAGACGUGCAGAGG